AAUGAGAAUUCAUGUCAGCUUUAUGCUCUUUCAGUGCUGGUCCUGCUGCUGCUACUGUUGGCAAAUAAAAACAAGCCAAAGAAGGGACAACCUUUGCUCCUGGAUAACGACAUCAGAGACGACAUCUUUUGUUAUGAUGAGGAGGGAGGUGGAGAGGAGGACCAGGACUACUUUGAUCUGGGUGUUCUCCACCGUGGUUUGGACAACCGUCCCCAUGUGUUCAGGGAUGAAGUGGCUCCAGUUUUUCAGACACGGCCUGUUGUGUAUAAACCUCGACCCGCCAACCCAGAAGAUAUCGGCGGCUUCAUUGAUGAUAACCUAAAGGCGGCAGAUAACGACCCGACUGCUCCCCCCUACGACUCCCUGCUGGUGUUUGAUUAUGAAGGAGGCGGUUCUGAAGCUGGAAGCAUUUCGUCUCUGAACUCGUCAAGCGAUGGAGACCAGGACUAUGACUGCCUCAGCGACUGGGGGCCUCGCUUCAAGAAGCUGGCCGACAUGUACGGAGGAGGAGAUGAUGAGAUGAUGUGAAUGUACCAGUACUGAGAAAAAUGGCUGCAUGCAUGCAGUCUGACUGUGACGAUGUGUGAAAUUAAUAUCUGUGUGACAAUGUGUAAUCAGUCCUAUUUUUUCCUCUUUCAGCUGUUCUUCAUUAGGAUCUUCAGGUUAAAGCCUUACAUUAGUUUUAGUUCUUCAUUUAUGAUUCUAUUCUUUAUUAGACAUACAAACUUGAAAGCUCAGUUUUACUGCUGUGAUUUGUGGAGAAUGUAACCAAUAUAGUAAGCACUUUUCCUCUUGUUUUAUUAUUUUUUUAUUAAUUUUUCCAUCAGUGUUUAUUUUUCAGUACAUUAGAUCCAUACAAAGUUCUACAGCCAUUGUGCCAUUAGCAAGAGUUGAUGAGGUUGUUUUUGUUUUUUUUGU